UCGUUAUCUAUGAGCGGAGUUGAUGGUAUAAAAGCGCUAACGCAAGCGCCGCGACAACUCAGUCGUUCAAAUACGCCAGUUUUGUUGGCAGAUAUCUGUUUUUAUUAAAAUUGUUGAAAAUUGUAUGCAAAUAAGAAAGUUUCGGCGUACAUAAUAAUGUUUAUAUCAAGUGUGUUAUCCGCUCUUGGCGGCGCGCUAAUCGCUAACCUAACUGAGAUCUUGGCCACAUUGGCCUUCAUCUGCUUUGCGCUCUACAUUUGGUUACAGUAUCAAUAUUCAUAUUGGCGUCGUCAUCGUAUGCCUUACAUAGAACCGACUAUGAUUUUUGGCAAUCUCAAAGGUAUUAUCAAUUCCGAGGCUGAUCCUUGCGCCUGGUUCCAGCAUUUGUACAAUCAUGAGAAGGCCAAAAAUCACGCAGCUGUCGGUAUUUAUGUAUUUAAUAAGCCUACACUGCUGAUACGCGAUGUGGAGUUGGUCAAAACGAUUCUAAUUAAAGAUUUUAAUUAUUUCUCAAAUCGUUAUUCGGCUUCGGAUCCACAUUCCGAUUCGUUGGGUUCGGAUAAUUUGUUCUUUGCUAAGAACCCAAGAUGGAAGGAGAUACGCGUUAAAUUGACGCCAGUUUUUACUAGUGGCAAAAUUAAGCAAAUGUUUCCACUUAUCGAGGAGGUCGCUCGUGAAUAUGAUAAAUAUCUCUGCGCAUUGAAAAUGGACGCGAAAACCAACUCCACAAUACUAGAAGUAAAGGAACCGAAUGCGCUGUACACAACCGAUGUGAUAGCGAUUACGGCCUACGGCAUACAAGCAAACAGUCUCAACGAUCCGAAUGGUAUUUUCCGUAAGAGUGGAAAGAAAAUUUUCAACUUUACUUGGUUGCGUUCCAUGGAGUUCAAAGCGUUCUUUUUCAUACCUAUAAUGGUUAAGAUUUUCCGCUUCAAAGUCUUCUCCAAGGAGGCCUCAAGCUUUUUACGCGAAACAAUCAAGCAUGUGAUGGAGGAACGCAUCAAAAGGGGUAAUGUGCGUAAUGAUUUAAUCGACAUUUUGAUUAAAUUCAAACAGGAGGCCGAAGAAGAGCUGAGAGAGGGUAAGAAACCGUUCAUUUUGGAGAAAGACGCUUUGGCAGCGCAAGCGGCUAUUUUCUUUUCGGCUGGCUUUGAAACUUCGUCUGCCACAAUGUCAUUCGCUAUGUUUGAAAUGGCGCAUAAUCCGGAUGUGCAACGACGUUUGCGUGAAGAAUUAUGUGAGGCAUACAAGAAUAAUGAUGGCAAAAUAACCUACGAGUUGAUAAUGGGUCUGAAGUAUAUGGAUAAUGUAGUGAAGGAAGUGUUACGUCGCUAUCCACCACUACCAUUUCUCGAUCGCGCAUGCACACCGAGCGCUAAUGAAGAAGGUUAUUCUCUGAAAAACUUUGGUAUCGACUUUACGAUACCACAUAAUAUGCCUGUCUACAUACCGAGUCAGGCUAUACACAUGGAUCCGAAGAACUUCAAAGAUCCCGAAACAUUUAAUCCUGAUCGUUUUCUACCCGAAAACAAAAACGAGAAUAAUAUGAAUGCCUAUAUGCCUUUCGGCAUUGGACCACAUAACUGUAUCGGUGAGCGUUUUGCGAUGAUCCAAACGAAGUUAGGGCUACUCUACUUCUAUCGGAAUCAUUAUGUAACGACCUGUGAAAAGACACCGUUGAAAAUCCAUUUGAAUCCUCGUGCCAUCAUAAUACAAUCACUGGGUGGUAUAGAACUAAAAGUCGUGCGUGAUCCAUUGUUUAAAGUAUCGGUGUGCAUAAAAAUGUUUAUAUCAAGUGUGUUAUCCGCUCUUGGCGUCGCGCUAAUCGCUAACCUAACUGAGAUCUUGGCCACAUUGGCCUUCAUCUGCUUUGCGCUCUACAUUUGGUUACAGUAUCAAUAUUCAUAUUGGCGUCGCCAUCGUAUGCCUUACAUAGAACCGACUAUGAUUUUUGGCAAUCUCAAAGGUAUUAUUAAUUCUGACGCUGAUCCUUGCGCCUGGUUCCAGCAUUUGUACAAUCAUGAGAAGGCCAAAAAUCACGCAGCUGUCGGUAUUUAUGUAUUUAAUAAGCCUUCACUGCUGAUACGCGAUGUUGAGUUGAUUAAAACGAUUCUGGUUAAGGAUUUUAACUAUUUCUCAGAUCGUAAUUCGGGCUCGGAUCCACAUUACGAUUCGUUGGGUUCGAAUAAUUUGUCCUUUGCUAAGAACCCCCGGUGGAAGGAGAUACGCGUUAAGCUGACGCCAGUUUUUUCUAGUGGCAAAAUUAAGCAAAUGUUUCCACUCGUCGCGGAGAUCGCUCGUGAAUAUGACAAAUAUCUCUGCGCAUUGAAAAUGGACGCGAAAACCAACUCCACAAUAUUAGAAGUAACGGAACCGAAUGCGCUCUACACAACCGAUGUGAUUGCGAUUACGGCCUACGGCAUACAAGCAAAUAGUCUCAACGAACCGAAUGGUAGUUUCCGCAGGAAUGGAAAGAAAAUUUUUCACUUUACUAAGUUUCGUUCCUUGGAGGUGAAAAUAUUGUUCUUCUUACCCAUUUUGGUUAAGAUUUUCCGUUUAAAACUGUUCUCUAAGGAGGCCUCAAUCUUUUUGCGCGAAACAGUCAAUCAUGUGAUGGAGGAACGCAUCAAAAGGGGUAAUGUGCGCAAUGAUUUAAUAGACAUUUUGAUUAAAUUCAAACAGGAGGCCGAAGAAGAACUGAAAGAGGGGAAGAAAUCGUUCUUUUUAGAGAAAGACGCUUUGGCGGCGCAAGCGGCCAUUUUCUUUUCGGCUGGCUUCGAAACUUCGUCUACCACAAUGUCAUUCUUUAUGUUUGAAAUGGCGCAUAAUCCGGAUGUGCAACGACGUUUGCGUGAAGAAUUAUAUGAGGCAUACAAGAAUAAUGAUGGCAAAAUAACCUACGAGUUGAUAAUGGGUCUGAAGUAUAUGGAUAAUGUAGUGAAGGAAGUGUUACGUCGCUAUCCACCACUACCAUUUCUCGAUCGCGCAUGCACACCGAGCGCUAAUGAAGAAGGUUAUUCUCUGAAAAACUUUGGUAUCGACUUUACGAUACCACAUAAUAUGCCUGUCUACAUACCGAGUCAGGCUAUACACAUGGAUCCGAAGAACUUCAAAGAUCCCGAAACAUUUAAUCCUGAUCGUUUUCUACCCGAAAACAAAAACGAGAAUAAUAUGAAUGCCUAUAUGCCCUUCGGCAUUGGACCACAUAACUGUAUCGGUGAGCGCUUUGCCAUGAUCCAAAUGAAGUUAGGGCUACUCUACUUCUAUCGGAAUCAUUAUGUAACGACUUGUGAAAAGACGUCAAUGAAACUCAAUUUGGAUCCUCGUGCCGUUAUAUUACAGGCUCUGGGUGGUAUAGAACUAAAACUCGUGCGUGAUCCUUUAGAAACCGAAGUACCCGAGACGACUAAAUUCGAUCCAGAGCGUUUGGCACCACACAUAAUGAAACCGCUGAGACCCCUACUUACAUAUAUGCUCUUUGGAUUGGAUCCGCACGUCUGUGUAGGCGAACGUUUCGCUAUGCUGCAAACCAAAAUCGAACUCACCUAUUUUCUACGAGUACUUAAUCAGAAAGUAACUCGAGAUAUCUAUGCAGCUGGAUCGCAAGGCGAUAAUAAUACGGCCGAAGGUUGUAUUUAUCUGAAUGUUGUGCGCAGUCCGCUGUGUAUUUUUACGCGUAUGCUAACCUCGGUCAUUAGUGGAUACAUUUGUUUGAUCUUUCCCGUUGUGAAAACUGGCGUAAUUUUUGACCUCAGAUCCUUCCAUUGUGGAUUGUGUAUGAAAAACAGAUUAUUCGAGCCCAAAGCAUCAUCGUGUGGAUCACAGCCAGCAGAACGAUUGCUGAACUUCGGAAACUCUUUGAUUAGCACGGACUUAAUAAGUUCCGGUUCACGUAACACUAACGCCGGCUUGAACGCAAUGUGGUUUGAAAGUUUACUGCUCUUACUGCUCCUUAUUAGCUUGUCAUACGCUUGGUUGCGCCAUCGGUAUGACUAUUGGAAGCGCCACCAGGUUCCACAUUUGACGCCCACUUACGGCGUUGGCAAUUUAGGUGGCCUAUUUUCAAUGCAACGCAGUCCAGCAGAGUUUGUGCAGAGUCUUUAUGAUCAUACGGCGGGUCGUAAUGAACCGUUUGUCGGCGUACAUGUCUUCACGCAACCGGCCGUUUUGUUACGUGAUCCGCAACUUGUGAAACGUAUUUUGGUGAAGGACUUUUCCAAGUUUUGCGACAGAUUUUCCAAUUCUGAUUACAAACGCGAUCCGUUGGGUUCUUUAAAUAUAUUCUUUCUGCGUAAUCCCGCCUGGAAGGAGGUGCGCUUCAAAUUAUCGCCGUUCUUUUCCAGUGGAAAGCUCAAGCAUAUGUUCCCUUUGGUGGAAGAGGUCGGCUGCGAGCUAGAUAAAUAUUUACUGUCUCAAAGUCUUGACUGUGACGAUACACAAUCUUUCAUAAUGGAAAUGAAAGAGCUCUGCGCUCUCUACACAACGGAUGUGAUAGCGACUGUCGCUUACGGCGUACAAGCGAACUGUUUCAAACAAACGAAUGGCGAAUUUCGGCGACAUGGUCGUGCUGUGUUCGACUUCAGUGUGCGACGUUCACUAGAAUUUAUGGUUGUGUUCUUUAUGCCACACUUAGUACCUUAUCUAGGCUUCAAAGUGCUGCCACUUACCACUACAGAGUUCCUACGUUCCACAAUCAAUUAUGUGAUGGAACAACGCGAGUUGUCGGGCAAAAAACGUAACGAUCUAAUUGAUAUACUUAUUGAAUUUAAAAAUUCGACAAAAAAUAAAAAAUCUGCCAGCGGACUUGUCUACGAGGGUGACAUCUUGGUGGCGCAAGCGGCGUUAUUCUUUACAGCCGGAUUUGAGUCAUCCUCGGCGACAAUGUCCUUUGCACUGUACGAGCUUGCGAAACAUCCAGAUUUGCAGCAACGUGUACGUGACGAAAUUGCCGCGGGUCUAGAACUCACUGAUGGUAACGUGACAUACGAAUUUAUAGAAUCAUUGGAGUAUACGCAAAUGGUAAUCGAUGAGGUAUUGCGACUUUAUCCACCACUACCGUUUCUCGAUCGCCAAUGCACUGCGCCGGUAGAGGAAGACGGUUACUCGUUGGAACCAUUUCACAAAUAUCGUUUGCCACACGGCAUGCCUGUUUACAUACCAGUUUAUGGUCUACAUAUGGAUCCGAAGUACUAUCCCGAGCCGACUAAAUUCGAUCCAGAGCGUUUUGCACCACACAACAAGAAACAGUUGACACCUUAUACGUAUAUGCCAUUUGGAUUGGGUUCACACGCCUGUAUCGGCGAACGCUUCGCUAUGCUGCAAACCAAAAUCGGACUCACCCAUUUUCUACUUAACCACAAAGUGACGACUUGUGCGCGCACCAAGAUUCCUAUGCAGCUGGAUCGUAAGGCGAUGGUGAUACAGGCCGAAGGCGGUAUUUAUCUGAAUGUUGUGCGUAGUCCGCUUUGUGAGCGUAUAUAGUGUGUUGUUAGUUGCCGUCUACAGAUCUGCGACGAUCAGUGAAAGUUAUUUUGUGUCAUAUGAUUUUAGGGGCACUUCAAGGCCCACUGCACAAGCAAAAAUACCAAUAAACUACACACAUUUUAU